AUGUCGAGCGGGGCAAGUUUAAGUAUUGAAAAGCUAAACAAAGAAAAUUACGACACGUGGAAAUUGCAAAUGGAGGCAAUACUCAUUAAGUAUGACUUGUGGGAAUAUGCAAAUGGUUCAAUAAUUAAACCUGAAGCAGCGGAUGAAGCCUCUUUAUGGAAUAAAAGGGGUGUAUGGAAUAAAUUAAAAGAGGUUCACGAAUUCAAAGGACCUGCAAGAAAGGCUACGCUCCUGAAGCAAUUAUUAUUCACAAAAAUUUCCGAUAGUGAAAAUAUGUCCGAUCACUUAACUAAUUUUUUCAGUCAUGUCAAAUUAAAAGAAAUGGAUAUAGUAGUCGCUGAUGAUUUAUUGUCAAUCCUAUUAUUAUAUAGCAUCUCGAAUAAAUACAAAAAUUUUAGAUGUGCGAUCGAAUCGCGGGACCAAUUACCUAUCCCAGAAGCGCUUAAGAUAAAAUUAUUAGAAGCUAAUUCUCGUCAUAAUUCAAAUGCUGAGAAUGAUCACCAAGAAGCUCUACAAGUGGAAGAUUCCAAUAAACACAAAAGAGCAAAUCAGUGUUUGAAGAAGAAAAAUGAUGAUCAUAAAGCUCAACUAGCACAAGUUCCUAAAAUACCCAAAACUGAACAAUGCUUAUGUGCUUCCAAUAUUCAGGACAAAGAUAAUCAGGAUAAGAGUAUUAUUACUGAUGUUUCAUUGAAUAUAAACAUGGAACUGCAAAUGGAAUGGUACAUUGAUAGCGGUGCUACAUCACAUAUGUGCUGUGACAAAAAUUGUUUUGAAUCCAUAGAGCCAAUCAGAAAUCAAAAAGUAAAAUUGGCAAAUGACAAAUUAGCUGAAAUCAAAGCAAAUGGAAAAAAGAUUGUAUUUACAAAUAAAAUGGCUAUUUGGAAAGAAGGACGAAAUUGUCAUUACCGCUAUUUGUAAAAGGGAUUUAUAUAUUGUAGAUACAAAAUCAGAAUAUAUUGGUAUGGUAUAUGAAAACAGAAAUACACUUAUGGAUUGGCACUGUCGAUAUGGACACUUAAAUGAAUUUGAUCUUUGGAGAUUAAUAAAUAAAAAUAUGGUAAAUGGUCUAUCUAACGUAAGAUUGAGUAAAAUGAAUACUUGCGAAAUAUGUUUGAAA